CCGCCGACCACCGACAUGGACAACGAGUCGAUGUACUCGGCCUACUCCUACAAGUCAUCACACUCACGGAGUUCCCGCAAACACAGGGAGAGGAGAGACAGACAUCGCUCAAAGAGUCGUGACAGCAGCAUCCGCGGAGACAAAUCUGUGACCAUCCAGGCUCCUGGAGAGUCUCUGCUGGACACCGAGUCCACCAGAGGAGACGACAGGGAUGACAACUGGGGCGAGACCACCACGGUGGUCACUGGCACCUCCGUGGACAGCAUCUCCAACGAGGACCUGACCCGGAUCUCUAAGGACCUGGAGGACUCAUCACCUCUGGAAUGCCGUCGUUACCUCGCCCCGGCGUUGGGUGCCGUCCUGGGGAUGUUCGCCUUUGUCACCCCUCUGGCUUUCUUGGCCCUUCCACAGCUGCUUUGGCGGGACACGCUGGACCCUUGCGGCACGCCAUGCGAGGGUCUUUAUAUUUCUCUGGCCUUCAAGCUCCUGAUCCUCCUCAUCUCCACCUGGGCGCUGUUCCUCCGCCCGCCCAGAGCCACUCUGCCGCGGUUCUUUGUCUUUCGCUGUCUGCUGCUGGCGCUGGUGUUCCUCUUUGUGGCGUCUUAUUGGCUCUUUUACGGGGUCCGGGUGCUGGAGCCCAGGGAGACAGACUACAGGGGGAUUGUGGGGUAUGCGGCAUCUCUGGUGGACGCACUGCUGUUCAUUCAGUACCUGGCGCUGGUGCUGCUGGAGGUCAGACACCUGCAGCCUGCUUUCUGUCUGAAGGUUGUGAGGACCACAGAUGGAGCCAGUCGCUUCUAUAGUGUGGGACAUUUCAGUAUUCAGCGGGCAGCAGUGUGGGUUCUGGACCAGUACUACACUGACUUUCCAGUUUAUAACCCUGCCCUGCUCAACCUGCCCAAAUCCAUCCUCUCCAAGAAGAUGUCUGCCUUCAAGGUGUACAACCUGGGGGAAGAGAACAACACCAAUAACUCUACGGGGCAAUCCAGAGCAAUGAUUGCUGCCGCUGCUCGCAAAAGAGACAACUCCCACAACGAAUACUACUACGAGGAGGCAGAGGUGGAGCGAAGGGUCCGCAAACGCAAAGCCAGACUCGUCGUGGCAGUAGAAGAAGCCUUCACUCACAUCAAGCGUCAGCAGGAGGACGAGGCAGUCACAUCCUCUCCUAAACACCCCCGUGAGCUGAUGGACCCCAGAGAGGCGGCCCAGGCCAUCUUUGCCCCCAUGGCUCGGGCCAUGCAGAAGUACCUCCGUGCCACCAGACAACAGUCUUACCACACCAUGGAGAGCAUCAUCAACCACCUGCAGUUCUGCAUCACGCACAACAUGACCCCAAAGGCUUUCCUCGAGCGUUACCUCAGCCCAGGGCCGACCCUCCAGUACCUGGACACCAGCAGAGGGCGCCAGUGGACACUAGUGAGUGAGGAGGCAGUGACGGCCUCCUUACGUCAGGGUCAGGUCUUCUCUCUGAGACGCCUCGACUUCUCCCUGGUUGUCACGGUGACACCCCUCCCCUUCCUGCGUUUGGGCGAGGAGUUUGUUGACCCCAAAAGCCACAAGUUUGUCAUGAAGCUCCAGUCAGAGACAUCUGUAUAAGAGGUGACAGUGACUAAUGGACGACAGAAAGGAGGGGCAUGGUGACUCAAAGAAACUAAUCUUAGUGCU